CCCACAAUGCACCGCCGUGACGCGCCUGGCCGUGUCCACGUCAAAGCUGCCAUCCGCCGAUCAUGGCUGCAGUUGAGGCGGCCUUCUAUUGACAGCUGCGUCCUUUAAACAGAGCGAGAAAGUGCAAAGAAAAAGCAGCCUUUUUUUGCGAUGUAUUUAAAUCCUCACCUGGCGGGGGUUUUACACACAAGUCUGACACUUCCGGUGUGAGCCGUUUAGCUAGCUUGUCUGUCGCCGAGCUAGCUUGUUUUGAUUUGGAUUAUCUUGCUGGAUUCUUCAAUUAAUUGCCUCUAAUGGACCUUUGUCGUCGUCAAGGUGAUUAAUUGGCGGCUAAUGACAUUCACACCUGUGUCUUGUUGAAUGACAUAGCGAACCGUGCUCUAGCUAGGCUAGGCUAGGUCUGUGUUGUUGUUUUGUUGGUUUAGCUUCCAUCCUCCCCCCGAGAUGUCAUCCUGGCUGGGUGGGAUCGGCUCCGGCCUCGGACAGUCCCUGGGUCAGGUCGGCGGGAGCCUGUCCUCCUUCACUGGGCAGAUAUCCAACUUCACCAAAGACAUGUUGCUGGAGGGAGUGGAAGAAGUAGGAGAUGCCACCACAGAGCUGCAGGUGUCCAAUUCCAAGUUGGUCGAUGUCGAGGCUGCCUUUUCCUCUCAGAAACUUGAGUGUGAAAGGUUAAAAAAGCUUCACACAGAGCUUGAGGAGAAGCUGGAGGCAUCGGAGAUCCAAAUCAAGCAACAGUCCGCAGAGUACAGGACUCUUCUGCAACAGAAAGACGUGGAGAUCAGUCACCUGAAGGCUCGGCAAAGUGGUCUCCACGAGGAAGUCCACAAUCUUCAGCGGUCCGCCCAGUCUGGGUCAUCCAGCCCCGCCAUGUUGCCCAUCACCACAGCGUCUUCCUCUAUCGCUACGUCCUCCUCGGUGUCCUCCUUCUUGUUGGGCCCCUCGGGGUCACACCACCAGGGCUUCCACGGCGACGACAUGGACCUUGGCGACGCCAUUUGGUCCCAGCAGGAGAUCAACCGGCUGUCCUCAGAGGUCACACGUCUGGAGAUGGAGGUGGCGCACUGGAGGCGGAUGUCUCAGGCGUCAAGCGCAGCGGGGACGGCUAACUCGGACCAGGGUGAAAUUGUGAAACUUCAAAGAACCAUCAAGGAGCUACGAGACGAGAUGAGUCACGAGGUGGACGAGCACCAACAUGAGCUGGCCGCCCUGCAGGACGCCCAGCGCCAGAAGAUGUCCGACCUCAACCGACGCCACAAAGAGGAUCUGGCCGAGUAUGAGGAGAGGAUAGAAGAGCUGGAGGAGCAGCUGCAGAAGGGCGCCGCUCUUCAUGCCAGCUCCCUAUCAGACGCCUCCACGGUGCUUGAGCUGCAGGCCGCCAUCGAUGCCCUGCAGAAGGCUUUGGAGGGGAGGGAGGCGCAGAUGUCUGAGAUGUCUGCCAGCCUGGAGGAGGCACACAGGAAACAGACCACGUUGGAGUCGGAGAAAAAUGACGCCCUGGAGGAGAACGCACAGCUGCUGGAGAACUACGCCCGCUUGCAGGCCUCGGUCGAGGAGCUCCAGACGCGGGUGCAGGAUCAAGAGCGGAAGACACUGCAUAAAGACCAAAGGGACCACGAGAUCCAAGGGAUGAUGAAAAACCUUACAGCAGACACGGAAAGUGAGCGACCUCUAGAGGCUGAACCAAAGGAGGAAGUUGAGCAUGCGGAUAUCUUAGAACUGAACACUAUCAUCGGCACACUAAGGCAACAGAAGGCGGACCUUGAGCAAGAAAUGGUUAAUCUGCAGCAGAGACUGAACGCCGCAGAGGAAGUCAUGGGCAGCGACAAAGAAGGCCCAUCUGGGGAAUCGGAGACACUUGAAGGCCUGAGGGAGGCCCUGGAGAAGAGAGAAAAUACCCUGAAGGCCACAGAGGAGGAACGUGACUCCUUGCUGGCUGCGCUGGAGGAACUGGAUCGGCAAAACAUGGAAGCAACGCAGCAUAUGAUCUCGGUGAAGGAGCAGCUAAAGGAGGCGGACGCUGAGCUCUCAAGACUGAACAUAGAGCACAACACUACUAAAGACCAGAAGAGGGCGCUGGAGCAGGAACUAGAGAGCCAAAAAGAGAAAAUAAGCCAGAGUGCGUUCACUCUUAACGACCUGCACAUGAGCAAACAGCAGCUGGAGGCCACAGUCCGUAAACUUGAAGACAAACUGACGCAAACUCAGGAGAAGAGUAGGGAAGCAAGGAGGAACAUGGAGGAGCUGAAGAACAAUCUCCAGGAGCGGGAGGAGCAGCUGUUUACGAUGAAAGAAGAGCUAAGUCGGCUGAAGAAGACGGAAACGCAGCCUAGACAAGCGGAAGGUGAACUAGCAAGAAAGGAGGAAGAACUUUCAGGCCUGCGACGGGAACUAAACGACAUAAGGAGCUCUCAGGAGAAACUGAUGUCUGAGGAGUACGAGUUGAAGAUGGAGAACAGAAAGUUGAAGGAGGAACGCCAGCAGUUUGUGAGUAAAGCGGAUGACUUGAGCCUGCAGUUGAAGGAGAGUCAGGCUGCCGUGAGCAGGACGCUGCGUGAGAAGGACACGCGCAUCCAAGCCCUCAAGUUGGAGAAGAAUCAGCUUGAGGGGGAACUGCAGCGAGCUGAGGACUCGCUCUCUGAACAGGCAAGGCAGUACCAGCAAACCAUCGAAGAGUUGACCCGAGUGCGCUCCAUGAACGCCUCGGUGUUACAGACGGAGCACGAGCUUGCCGUCAAAAUCAACCAGGAGAAGGACCUGGAGAUCGCUCAGCUGAGGCGGGAUGUGGAGCAGCUGACGUCCGAUCAUAGAGACACCAACGAGAUGCUCGCCAUCACAGUUUCCGGGCAAAAGCAGCUGACGGAUUUGCUUCAGGAGAAAGACGUGUUCGCAGAGACUCUGAAAGAAAACGCUGCAGAAUUACAGGCGGAGCUGGAGAAGAGCCUCGCAUCCUUGAGGAAGGAGGCUGAGAUGCUCCGACAGGCGCUAGAGGAAAAGGACAAACAACUGUCGGGAAUGAAAGAAGAGAACAGCCACUUGAAAGAAGAGAUAGACCGGGUCCGCGAUCAGCAGAGCAGACCUCAGGCGCCAGCCGAGCCCAGGACCUUGGACAUUAUCACCGAGCUGGAGUCCGAGAUCAACCAGCUUAAGUCCUCUAGGACCGGCAUUGAGGAGGAGGUGCAGGCUCUGAGGCGAAACCUGGAAGACAAGCAGGCGUCACUCCUCUGCUCUCAGAACGAGCUAGGACAAGCUCACGCUCGCCACCAGCAGACCACGCUCAACUACGACAGGCUCAUCAAGGCCAGAGAUGAAGAGCUGGCCCGACUGCAGCAGGCCGUGGACAGUCUCGGCGAGAUUCAAGAUCCUGCCCUGUCUCCUACGGAGCAAGGAGACGUCAUACUGCAAGAGGACAAGACCCAGUCUUUAAAUCAGGAGAAUGGUAAUGAGAAGCACGACCUGUCCAAAGUGGAACUGGAAAGACUGGUGAGAGGGAUGAAGGAGAAGGAAACGGAAAUCAGCCAUCUGAAUGAGAAGAACUUGUCUUUGACCAGGCAGCUGGAUCAGCUGGUGGUGUCCCGCGAUGAAGUGGGUAAACUGUCCCAGAUUAUCCUGCAGAAAGAUCUGGAGAUCCAAGCUCUACAUACACGUGUCUCCAUGGGGGGCGGUGGGCACAGUCAGGAUGUACUUUUCCUCCAGCAGCAGCUGCAGGCCUACGCCGUGGAGAGGGAACAAGUUCUCGCCGUACUCAACGAGAAAACCCGGGAGAACAGCCAGCUGCGCUCUGACUACCACCGCCUCGUGGACAUCAUGGCAGGAAAGGAGGCUGCACUCCUGAAGCUGCAGCAGGAGAACCAGCGGCUUUCCAACAUGAGCGAUCCUUCAGGAAGCCAAGAGAUGUUUAAGGAGACCAUCCAGAACCUCUCGCGCAUCAUCCGGGAGAAGGACAUCGAGAUUGACGCACUGACCCAGAAGUGUCAAACUUUGGUGACCGUGCUGCAGUCCACAGGGGAAGACUCCGGCUCAGGAGGAGUUAGCAGCAACCAGUUUGAGGAACUGCUGAAGGAGCGUGACACCCUGAAGCAACAGGUGAAGAAGAUGGAGGAGUGGAAGCAACAAGUCCUCACCACAGUGAAGAACAUGCAGCACGAGUCUGCCCAGUUGCAGGAGGAGCUGAUCAAACUCCAGGAUCAGGUGUCGGCUGACAGUGAUUCCAGCUCCAAGCUCUCAGUGGACUACACCAGACUGAUCCAGGGCUAUGAGCACAAGGAACAGCGACUCGGCAGCUUGAGUUUAGAACUAACUCAGGUCCAGCAGGCUCUAAACCAGCUCAGCAGCACAAAGGAUCUUGUGCUGGCCCGUCUAGACCUUGUGGCUCCAGCUUCUGAAACCAAAGCUGCUCAGUCCAUUGAGGCGGAAUCUCCAAGCCCCCAGAACGCCAAAGCCCCGGAAGAGCUGGCAUUGCUUCAAGCUCAGCUGGCCGAGAGGGAGAGCCUGAUCCGAACGCUUCAGGAGAACAAUCACCGCCUCUCCUGCUCUGCAUCCUCUGCCGAGAGUGAGCACAAGAACCAUGCCGCUGAGAUCCAGCAGGUCCGAGCCAGCUUUGAGUCACUGCAGAGGUCCGUCAAAGACAAGGACCUGCUCAUCAAGACCAAAGGCGACCAGCUGGCUCAGGUCAGCGAGGCGCUCCGCAACCGAGAGAACGACAACGAGGUUCUCAAACAGGCUGUCACCAACCUGAAAGAGCGCGCCCUCAUCCUGGAGAUGGACGUGAAGAAACUGAAGGAGGAGAACGAGCUUGUGGUGGCGCGCUCACGCGAGAAGGAGUCUGAGUUCAGGGCUCUGCAGGAGACCAACAUGCAAGUGUCGCUGCUGCUGCGGGAACGCGAGUUUGAGCUGAACGCCGUGAGCGACAAAGCUGCUACUGUGGAGAAGAUGUUGAAAGACAAAGAGCAGGGUAAAUCAGGGGAGCUCAAUCAACUCCUGAAUGAAAUCAAGUCCAUGCAGGAGAAAGCUGUAGCCUUCCAGCAGGAGAGGGAUCGAGUGAUGAUGGCCCUGAAGCAGAAGCAAAUGGAGACCACCGCCUUACAGACCGAGCUGCAGCACAUGAGAGAUAAAGAACAGCGCCUCAACAUGGAGCUGGAGCGGUUGCGCAAUCACCUCCUGGAGGUUGAGGACUCGUACACGAGAGAAGCUGUCAUCGCAGAAGACCGGGAGACGGAGCUGCGGAGGCGAGUGGCCAUGCUGGACGAGCGACUGGCCACAUCCUCCAGUGCGGUGGAGAACGCAAGCCAACAAGCCAGCAUGCAGGUGGAGUCUCUGCAGGAGCAGCUGAGCAGCGUGCUCAAGCAAAGGGACGACGCCCUCAACCAGCUCAGGACCUCCCAGGAGCAGGUCAACCAGUAUGCAGUGUCCCUUACCAACCUGCAGAUGGUGCUAGAGCAGUUCCAGCAAGAGGAAAAAGCCAUGUAUUCAGCAGAGCUGGACAAGCUCAGGAAGGAGAAACAGGAGUGGAAAAAGAAGUCUGAUAUGUUUGGAGACCAAGCGUCUGCUCUUCAGCUGAACCUCGACGAGGCCAACGCCGCUCUCGAAUCGGCGUCUCGCCUCACGGAUCAGCUGGACUUGAAAGAUGAGCAAAUCCACGACUUGAAUAAGCAAGUGGCUGUGCAACAAGAGAUGUUGGAGGAGGCCCAGACGAAACUGAUGAACCUCCUCAACAGCACCGAGGGAAAGAUUGACAAGGUCCUAAUGCGUAACCUUCUCCUGGGCUACUUCCACACACCCAAAACCAAGCGCACAGACGUCCUGAGGCUUAUGGGCAGCGUUCUCGGGCUAAACAGAGAGGACGUGGAAAAGAUGCUGGAGGAAGACGCAGCCCGUGGUGUGAGCGGCUGGGUGUCGAGCUGGUUAGGAGGCCGAGGAGCUCAAAGCGUCCCCAACACCCCCCAGAGGCCCACCAGUGGCCACAGCUUCAACUCGUCCUUCUCAGAGAUGUUUGUGAGGUUCCUGGAGACCGAGUCGAGGCCCUCGCUUCCCGCACCAAAGCUUCUUCACCAUGACAUCCAACCUCUAAGCCCCCCGCCUUCUCGUAGAACCAACACGUCGGGUAAAAAAAACUGCUCCUUUGUGGUCUUUGGCUGCCUGCAAUCAUGGAUGAGCACAUCACCCUCUCACCCUCUCACAGGUGCCGUGGUGGCGGCAGCGGCCAGCAAGCGAGCCGCCGACUCCAACCCCUUCCUGGCGCUGCGCUCUGCUGCCGUGCCCCUGCUGGGUGGUUCCGGCACCCCGGGGAGUCACCUGCUGAUGAAGCCCAUCUCGGACGCCUUGCCCACCUUCACACCCGUGCCCGUGUCGGCCGAGGCCAGCAGCGGCGCCGUGCUGAAAGACCUGCUGAGGCAGUGAAGAGAAGCUCUGGUGUUCUAUGCAUCCUCAUCCAAGUAAAGCUUUAUUUCAAUCCACAAAAACAUCAACUCUGGGGGGGAAAAAAAGCACAUUUUUAGUUUUUCUCAGUUUUUUUGUCUUCUAAAUGCAUCAAUUUAUGAACCAAAGUGACCUUUUGAGCUCCCACUUUAACCCGUGAGGGCUCGCUCCAAUCAUCAUCUCAGUUUUGCUUUCUUUUUCCCUGACAUGAUCACAUUACCAGAUUGCCAACAUCUGCAAAAGUCACAAAGACCUCACAUUAAAUAGUCCUAUACUUAUAUUAUAUAUUUUUCCCCCUAUUUAUGGGCGCUACUUACACAGUGCCUGUUAUUUUUGCUAAUAAGCUGUAUAAUCAUGAUGUAAAUGGAUAAUAGGAAUAUUUAUAUUUACAGAACAAUAAAAAACGGACUGUUUGUACAUUUAUCUUCUAGGCUGUUAAGGACGUUUUGUAGAUGUGGAGAAAAAAAAGUUUUGGAAUAAACGUACUUCUGCCCCCUG